AUGUGGUUGGCCACUCAAACAAGGCCGGACAUCGCGAACGCAGUACGAGCAGUAGCGCGGUAUUGUGCAUCUCCCAAGAUGGUGCACUGGAAGGCAGCACUCGGUACUUUGGGGUACGUACGGAGGACGAGUUGGAUGGGGAUUACAUUUGAGAGGGGAGUGGUGACUGGGAUGAGCAUGCAGGUGUUUGUGGAUGCCGACUAUGCAAGCAAGGCGACAGACCGUAGAUCGGUGUCAGGAGGGCUAGUGAUGUGUGGGGGAGGGUGUGUGACUUGGUUUUCGAGGACACAAAAGUGUGUCACGCUUUCCACCACGGAAGCAGAGUAUGUGGCAAUUGCCGAUGUCUUGAAGGAAGUGUUGUUCCUGAGGCAGGUGUGGCGUUUUAUGUUGCCAGAUGCAGGUAUGCCGUGCAUCCCGGUGUUCGAGGAUAAUCAGGGAGCGAUUCAGAUUGCGCACAACCCGAUCACGAACUCCAACUCGAAACACAUCGAUGUACGACAUCACUUUAUCAGGGAGCUGGUAGAGAGGAAGGAGAUUUCAAUUACUCAUGUGCCGACGCAAUUUCAGCAUGCAGAUUUCUUGACGAAGGCCAUUAGCAAGGAGUCUUUUGCGUUCACCGUGACUUUGUGAUGAACUUGCAGUGAAGGAAGUGUUUUGGGGUCGAUUCGUAUUCUGUGAUGGAGAGAGUGAGAGAGACGAGAGAUUGGACAAGAGAAAAGAGAGAGUCUGGUGAAGGUUGGAGGAGUUGUUGUGUUUAGUUUUUCUUGAUUGUUUUGGAGGAGUUUUGAUUGUGUUUGAUUUUUCUUGUGAUGGACUUGGAGGAUUUUGGAUUGUUUUGGUGAAGAUAUUGGUUUUUGUUUGUUUUGGAGAGAUGGUAAAGAGGAAUUUGGUUUUUCUCGGAGCAUGACGAUGCAUACGAGUGGGGGGGCUAUUAGAUAUAUUGGGGGUACUCGUAGCAUAGUAUAACGGUUGAGAUGUUAUGUACGUACGUACGAAAGUUACAGUGAUGAGAUGCGGAAGAAUAGGAACUUGCUACAUAUAUUCCUUGUUGGUUGCGAGAAGUAUUUGGUGAAGGUUCAGAGAGAUUCGUUGAGUGACAAAGAGUGAAGGCGUGACCAGAUGCCGUGAUGGUUUGACGAGCACUGGCACGCCCCCGAUUAAUACUAUACUUUGCAAC